GAUACAACGGAUAAUGGAGCCAAAACAGUUUAUGCUAUUUUGCCUGAAUUUCUCCGGAUUGGUAUAUGUAAACGGCGGGUUGUUUUUAAAGGCAUAUGUGAUUUAUCAGACUUGUGCUUAUAUAAUUUUUGGGACUUCUCUAAUUUUAUUUGCCUAUUUUGAACCGAAACCAUUAAUUGCAAAAUUACAAACACUGCACUUCUUGAUAGCUCUUAGCCAGAUAUUUUGUAAAUUUCUCAGUAUAGCUCUAAAUCAAAGAGAAACUGUUGAUAUCCUUGAUAAUCUUGAAAAAUUAUCGAUGGAAGCAUUUACGGACAAAAAAAAUUCAGACAUAUUGAAAAGAGUUAACAAAUCGUCAACCAAACUCCCUAAAAUAUUUAUGUAUGUCUUUUGUGGUUAUUACCCUCUACGCACAAUUAAUCUACUCGUCAGAUAUUUCAUUUUUAAAAGUCCACAAAAGUUCGUAGAAGCUUCUUGGAUUCCUCCGUUUCUAGCUUAUAACUAUUUAACAGGACUACUCUACCAAGUUGCAACAUGCCUUUGCACAGGAUUUACUAAUGCGGCAUAUACAGGCUUGAUUAUUUUCCUUACGAUUCAGUUAUCAGGUCAGAUUCAAGUUUUAAGAAGAGCAAUGGAAGAUGGACACCCUAUCAAACAGUGUGUAAUUCUUCACCAAAAGCUAUUGAGGCUUUUCUUCCGCAUUAAUCGUUUACUAAAUGCUCUAAUGCUGGCGGAAUACAUAUUAUCUUCACUUUACAGCUGUAUAAGUACAUUUCUCAUAUUGAAGAGCCUUUCAAGCGGAGGGAAAGGUGUAGCGAAUAAUGCUUAUGUACUAGUACUCGUCCUUUUGCGGGUUUUUCUUAUAUGCUACUGUGGUAAUAUUAUUCAGACACAGGGAGAAAAGCUGCACUCUUCAGUAUAUUUUGGUGAAUGGUAUAGAAAACGUCUCCCAGAACAAAAAUCUGUUCAAUUAAUGUUGGCACUUACCAUGGUUCAACCGUUCAAGUACAAUUAUCGCAGAAUUUUGACUGUGGAUAUGGCAUUAUUUCUUAAGUCGAUUCAUACCACCUACUCAUAUCUCACAAUGCUGUUGUCAUUUGCAGACCACAAAUGAUGAAAAAUGGAUAUUAUCUAAAGAAUGAUUCCAGAAAAAUCUUACUAGAAUGAAUUGUUUCUAUCUGAACACAUUAUAUUUAACUUUAUGUGCAAUUUGUAAUUAUUGAAAACAUUUGAUGAUCACUACGCAAUAUAAAAGUUUCAAAUUUUAUUUCAAUCCAUUUUAUCGAUCAAAAUAAAUUUCUAAUUUGGAGGACAUGAAAG